AUGGCAGCCCCGCAUCUCCCUUCUGGCCAUACCAUUCUGGUCCCAAAUCAGUUUCUUUCUUUACCACAAGAACAGCAAAUCGUGGAGCGCUAUAGAAAGUUUCGGCUGUAUAGUCUUCAAGUCGAUCCUCAGGCUUUCUCUUCCACUUAUGAUGAUGAGUCUCAGUUCCCCUAUGACACAUGGUUGUCGCGGAUUCAGAAUCCCGCGGGUAAAACCUUUGUCUCUCUAGGCGGUCUCAGCACUGAGGCGGAGGAAAUUUCCAAAUCAAAUAAUCCCGACAGCCUCGAUGGCACGAAGUCUUCUCUUGGAGAGUUACUAAGUAGAGAAUGGGUGGGCAUUGUUACUCUAAUCGGGCCAGGUGUGUUCUUGAAGCCUAACGACGAUUCUCCGACCGUCAACAAGACUUGGGAGGUAUUCAUCCAGAAUGGGCGAUACCAGAUUCCUCUGGCUGCUUCCAAAUCCGACGAUCUACAGGGCGCGCAUCUUGUUUAUUUGGUUGUCGGAAUGUUCGUCUCUCCAUCCGCUCGGCGAAGGGGCCAUGGGCGGCGACUGUUGGAGGCCACGAUCGAGGCUGCCGCCGAGGAAAGCGCUAUGCUUGGUGCAUCGAAGACUAGCAUUACCGUCCAAGUGGAGACGGUCAAUCCGACUGCACUGCCAUUGUACGAGAGCUUGGGGUUUCACGUGACCGAGAAGAUAAUAGACAUACAAAAUCGACAGGGAAUCCCAUCGCAGGUGGUUUCAUUGGAGAAGGAAAUCGAGUUACCGAAGCUGUGA